AUGGCUGCGGUGCCAUGUGAUGCUCAGGUCAUGCAAGCGAUACUGAAGGAAAUGGGGGUUGUUGAGUAUGAACCUCGCGUUGUAUCUCAGUUGCUUGAGUUUGCGCAUAGAUGUACAACAGAAAUCCUCUCGGAUGCACGUUCUAUUAGUGAACAUGCUGGUAAGAAACAGAUUGAAGAGUCCGAUAUACAGUUCGCCAUUGAUAAUUCUGCAUUAUCUUGGAAGAGCUUGGGUCCGAAUCGACAACUUUUGGUAGAAUUAGCGGAACAGAAAAAUUCGAUACCAUUGCCUCCCAUUAGACAAAACUAUGGUUUGCGUCUGCCGAAUGAUCGCUUUUGCUUAGUUCAGCCAAACAUGCAAUGGAAGGGUGAAGGGCGUUUGCUUGAAAUGUCGGAACAGCGUUCACGGAACGAGAAAGAAUUUAGUGGAAGAGCAGUGGAAAGUGCAAGACAAAUUAAACCAGAAACUAUAUCAAACGUCUUGAAAAGGAAAGCAAAUGAUGACGAAGAUUUCGAUAAGGCUUGA